AAAAAAAAAGAAAAGAAAAGAGAGCAAAAUAAACUACUCUCUGGAGCACUCAUCUUUAAUGUGUUCUUUUUUCUUUUUUAGAAUUUUUGGCAGGGUUUGAGCCUCCGAUGUUAUGUGCUACAUCAUCCAUGGAAUGUGAUCAAUUUCUCUUACAGUCUUCCGGUGAGAAAAUUAGUGCUUAAUUGAUGCAGAGGUUUGAACAGUUAGUUUUGACUGAAAAUCAGGACAGAAAAAUUGGGAGGGUGAUUCUUUUGUACAUUAUUUGACUGCAAAUUUAGAACCUUUGUUUUCUUUCUUGUCUUUUUCUCCUCAGUCAUGAUCCAUCUAAACAGUAACUGAAAUGGUUUCUUUAUCCUUUUUUUUUCCUGUAAAUUUCUAUCUAGGCUAUUCUUCAUUUCCAUGCUUACUAGGGCAGAUCCAUCCAAAGGUCAGAAUGAUACAAGUGAGGCUAGAAGCAGAAAAGGAAAGUAGAGGAGAGCCCCUUUUAUUUUAGGGACAGCUGACCCUAUGCAGUACUAGGCUGGGAAAAUGAAAAUUACUACACUUCUCCCCACAAAACCCUUCAUACGUAGGCUCAUGAUUGAAACGCUGACAAUCCCAUUAAUUAUCCCAAAAAGGAGAAUCGCACGGGACGUGGCUAGUGCGCGUAGGAAACGUCAAAAUCACGAGGCGGAGCUGCGACGAUUCUUAUUGGUUCGUGUUUGGAACUGGCUCGGUCGAGGGGGAUUAGAUUAGAGAAGGAUGCCUUUGGCGUCCACCCGGCAGGGACGGGAAUGCGUCCUGGGUGGUGGUGGUGGCGCGGCCCCUCCUCUGCACCUCAGUCCCCACUUAUCGUUUUCAACUUUGGAGAGGUCCACUGCCUGAAUAAUGGAGGGGCCAAACAAAAUUUAUCGCUAUCCACGGUAUUCUUUCUUAACAGCCAGUUGUCUUUUUGUGCAAAUUUAGAGAUUAAGUUCAAAGAUAAUGCAAUGUCUUACAAGGCAUUGAGUGUAAUAUAGUCCCUUUACUCUAAUUGUUGUGGCAUGUUAACCCUUCUACUAAUCAAAAACUCGCAAAUCA